AUGGACCGCCUCGCCGACGGCCUCGCCGCGGCAUCCCUCUCCGACACGGAGGACCAGAGCGCCGCCGCCGCCGGUGUGCCAAGCGCUGAUUACCUCCUCAGCGUCAUGCGCGCCGUCGAGGGCGCCGAGGCCACCAUGCGCAGCCAGCUGGAAGAGAAUAACCAGCUCAAGGAAGAGUUGAUGAGGAAAACACAACAGUUACAGAGGAUGAGCGAAGAUGCUACAUCCCAAAGUUCUUUCAUUGGAUUAGGUCAAGAGCGCAAUUCUGUUUCUAAUAAAAUGGAUGGCUCCAGCUCUUCAGUAAAUCCUCAGAGUACCUUGAUCCUUCGUCAGAAUGGAAGUUUUGAAAGUAGAGAGCCUCUGACUCAGGAAAGCUUGAAACAAAAAUACCUUGACAGUCCCCAGGCAAAUGGAGCAUUUAAAAGAUCAUUAGGAGAACAGACUGCUGUUGAUAGUGGUGGCCCAUCACAAUUCUCUACUCCCUCAUCUCGGUCCCUUUCUCCAAAUAGGCAUAGAAAAGAUGGAGAUUAUGAUUCUAGGUUAUUACCAGUUUCAGAGAUGAACUCGAACAUAUCCUGGAAGCAGGACCUUACUGUUAAGGUCAAAGAAGGGGAAGAAGAGAUUGCACAAUUAAGAAAGCAUCUUGCUGAUUACUCUGUGAAGGAAGCGCAGAUACUCGAUGAUAAAUACAAGUUGGAAAAACGGAUUGCUUAUAUGCGUAUGGCAUUUGACCAGCAGCAGCAAGAUUUAAUUGAUGCAGCAUCAAAAGCUUUGUCAUACAGGCAAGACAUUAUUGAGGAAAACGUCCGUCUCACGUAUGCGUUGCAGGCAGCCCAUCAAGAAAGAUCAAUUUUCAUAUCUUCUUUGCUUCCUCUUCUGUCUGAAUAUGAUGACCUCCAGCCUUCAGUUCUCGAUGCUCAGUCAAUUGUUAGUAAUUUAAAGGUUUUGUUUAAGCAUUUGCAGGAGCGACUUAUUGUUACCGAGGACAGAUUAAGGGAGUCUCGAUACCAGAUUACUCCAUGGCAUACUGAAUUGUCGAAUAAUACCAGCAAUCCUGUAUCUACUGAUCCUCCUGCUGGAAAAGCAUUGGUGACUACAAGCAAAAGCAGCUUUGAUGUUGUCCCCCAGCCAGUGUAUCCUCACGUACAAUCCCCAAUGUCUUCCCCUGUUCAAGCUAGAGGUGAUUGGGGUGCAUUCGGUAACAAAAACCAUCAAGAUAUUUCAAAUGAGGUUCCUACAAGAAAUGCUGGACAUGAUGACAUGGGAGGGACCUCUCUUUCAAGCAGAAACCAAUAUAGGACUGAUGUUCCUACUCAAGUAUCUCAAGGUGAUUCCCAUGCUGUUCAUUUUGACUUUGAGACUCAGAGUCAAAACCCACCAUUCAAGGGUCUUAGCAGAAAUGAUAUACUGGAUGGUUCAGAGAGUGCUGAAGCCCAAAACACACAAGAACCUUCGACUCGAUGGGGUCCAGGGGACUCAUCUAAUUUGGUAUCUGGCCUUGAGGAUGCAAACCCUUCAUAUCCUUAUCUUCCUACAGUUCUUGAGGAGCCUGGUUCUUCUUUCUCUGAAGCUGCAGAGGAUGAUCCAUUGCCAGGCAUAGAAGGGCUUCGAAUCACAGGUGAACCUUUUCCUGGACGAGAACUUCAAGCAAGUGGAUACCCCACCAAUGGUACCACAACUUGUAAUUUUGAGUGGGUGCGCCAUUUAGAAGAUGGCUCCGUAAAUUUCAUAGAAGGAGCAAAGCAGCCUAGCUAUGUCGUUACUGCCGAUGAUGUGGACACUUUACUAGCCAUUGAAGUCCAGCCCCUAGAUGAUAGGAAAAGAAAGGUUAUUUACUUAUCUAGCAUAGUCAAUGGUCCACAUGUCUUGCCAAGAGACAUGCUUUUCACAUUUGGUGGUGUGAAAAAAGAUUUUCAUGGGAAUCCUGAAACAAAGGAGCUUAUUAAGAGAACCCUUGAAAUUGGGCAUGUGACCUACGAAGUCCAAGUCCAACUGCCUCAGGUCAGAUUUUUAGACAUAUGGGAACCAGCUGUGUUGGCAAUAAAGAGGGAAGGUUACAGCAUUAAAUGUAAUGGGCAGCGUGGUGUUGUUAUCACAGAGAAGUUUCAGCAAGGAACUGCUAUUCAUAUUCCAUAUGGGCGUCCAACAGAGUUCUCGAUUACAUCUGCUGAUGGUGCCAGUUAUGAUCUGAAGCCAGUAGAAAAUACACUGUUGCGGGAUACCAUUGUUCUAGUAUUAAGGUUGUUCAAAAAUAUGGCUCUUGAGAGGAGAAGAGGAAGAAAGAAGGGUCUUUUCUUCAAGUAG